CCAAACCCUAAUUUUUAAUAGACGCAGAAAGUGAUGGACGAUAGAGACGAGUAUAGGUUUCUGAAGCUAAACGAUGCCGUUCUUUGUAUAAAUAAAAAAGUUAGCUUAAUCGGCGUUAUUCUGGAGGUUGGUUGCCGUAAGGAAGACCAAGGCUCCGAUAGCUUUUAUGCACUAACAAUAAUUGAUGAAUCAUAUAAUGAAGCUGGGAUUCCAGUUAAUUUUUCCACUGACACUGUGGAAAAGCUACCUCGUAUUGCUUCUAUUGGGGACAUUAUUCUGCUUUCUAAUGUCAUGAUGAAAACUGAUGACGGCCAAGCAUAUGCUUUGUUCUACAAGAAGUUUUCUUCCUUUGCUUUGUAUGAAAGGAAGGAUGGUGAAGACAUCCUUCCUUACCAAGUUUCCGUAAGAUUUCACCCAAGAGAGUUCGACAAGAAGCUUAUAGCAGGCUUGAGAAAAUGGUUUCACAGUUUUCAACUUAAGGAAGAUUUUUUAAACUUCACGUUGUUAAAAGAAAUCAAGGAAGGUCAGAGCAGUAAUUUGGUUUGCAAGAUACUUCAUGUUUGUGAAGUUGCGAAGAGUGAGUGGAUGGCCUUUGUUUGGGAUGGAACUGAUACUUGGCCUGUCUGUAUUCAUUCAAAGCUAGAAGAUGAAAUGGAGCACGAGCUUCCAUUACAAUUGGAGCCCUUUCCUUUAUCAAAAGAUAUAUUGUGUUCAUUUCCCGCCGUUGGAAGUAUCUUGAGAUUGAUCAUAGACAAAGACAUUGAAAAGCAUAUCCUUCACUUGCUAAACACCUUUAAAUGGGUAAAAAUGUUAAACGUGCAUUGCAAAGUGAAUGCAGGGUUAUGGUGUGGUGUGUUGACACACUUCACAAGGCUAAGUUAUUUGCCAGAUGAGGACUGUCUCAUAUUGGAGCGACAAAGGUCUUUUGGUAAGCGAAUGUCAAUGACAUAUCCCCGGUUGCCAUACUGGUGCUUUCCUUGGACUUCAGGAGUUACAGAGCUUGACUGUAAUAAACGUGUGCCAUUUGUUACAUUGAUGGAUGUUCUCACGCAUUCAGAGGUGACCGCUAAAUACAGGUGCAUGGUUCGAGUUGUUGCUGCAUUUCCCUAUCGAGCUGAGGAUCUUCGCUGUAAUCGUGGGAGUUAUGGGUUGAGGCUCACCCUAGAGGAUCCAACUGCACGAAUCCAAGCUUUUGUUUAUGCCGAAGAUGGGGAGAAAUUAUUUGACGGUUAUCCCUCCAUCGAUAUAGUGCAAAGAAAGCUGAACAAACUGCUUGGAGUGGUAGUAACUGAUGAUGGCAUGGUAGAUAACAGCGCUCCCAGAAAUCCGCCAUGGGUACAGUGUUGUCUGAUGUCUUAUUACAUCGACAAAAAUGACAAAUGGGGAAGCAGAAACUACAGAAUCUUUAUGACCAAAAUCGUGGAUUAAGGUUUGAUCAUAUCAUCAUCAGUGUCAGUGUUAAAACUGCUUUCAUGACAAGUGCAUUUUUUGUCGUAAGAGUGAAUGUUAUAAAUUUUAACUUUCGUCGAACCUAGGCUGCUUUAUAAUGUAGCAACGCACAACCAAUCAAUCUGUACAAAUCAUGGUAGCGUUUGUGUAUAUAUAUUACUUACAUUGCCAUUGAAAAGAAUCGUUGUAACUUUCUGUAUAAAGAAAUUGCAGGGGCAAGUUUCUUUAGGGUUUAUUUUGU